GGGGCGCCAGUAUCCCAUACGUCAGCUGCGCGACUCUAAGGCAAUGGCUACGCGGGUGGUCACUCUGGGUAUCGACCUAGGUACUACGUCUGUGAAGACGGCUUUGGUGGAGGCCGUGCCCCGCGACCCGUCCGGGUUUGUGGUACUGGCGAGCUGUGCCCGGGCUACGCGAGCUGAGGCGGCGGCCCAGAGUGCGGCGGCAGGGCACCAGGGGCAGGAGCAGGAUGUGAGCAGAAUCAUCCAAGCCCUAAAUGAGUGCCUUGCUGCUCUUCCUCGGCAGCUGCUCCAGGAAGUUUGUGGCAUUGGAGUGUCAGGACAAAUGCAUGGAGUCAUGUUUUGGAAAACAGGCCAAGGCUGUGAAUGGACAGAGGGAGGGCCCUCUCCUGUGUUUGAGCCCGGAGCUGUGAGCCCCCUGGUCACAUGGCAGGACGGCCGGUGUAGCAGUGGGUUCCUGGCUUCUUUGCCCCAACCAGAGUCCCAUCUCAGUGUGGCCUCGGGGUUUGGCUGUGCAACCAUCUUCUGGUUUUUGAAGAACAGCCCAGAGUUCCUGAAGUCCUACGAUGCUGCUGGUACCAUCCAUGACUAUGUGGUUGCCAUGCUGUGUGGCUUGCCAAGAUCCCUGAUGUGUGACCAGAAUGCUGCUAGCUGGGGCUAUUUCAACACUCAGAGCCAAAGCUGGAACUUGGAGAUAUUGAGGGCCUCAGGCUUUCCUGUCCAUCUUCUCCCAGACAUCGCGGAGGCUGGCAGUGUGGCAGGCAGAACUUCCCAUGCCUGGUUUGAAAUCCCAAAGGGGACACAGGUGGGCGUGGCCUUGGGUGACCUACAGGCCUCCGUCUAUUCCUGUAUGGCCAAAAGGACAGAUGCAGUUCUCAACAUCAGCACCUCAGUUCAGUUGGCAACCUCCAUGCCUUCAGGAUUCCAGCCAGCGCAGACUCCAGACCCUGCAACUCCAGUCACCUACUUUCCGUACUUUGACAGGACCUACCUGGCCGUGGCAGCAUCACUCAAUGGGGGCAAUGUGCUGGCCACAUUUGUCCACAUGCUGGUACAGUGGAUGACGGAUCUAGGUCUAGAGGUCGAAGAAUCCACUGUGUAUUCAUGCAUGAUCCAGGCAGCUGCACAGCAGAGAGACACCCGCCUAACUAUCACUCCAACGGUGUUGGGCGAGAGGCAUCUGCCGGACCAGCUGGCCUCAGUGACCAGAAUCUCCUCCUCUGACCUCUCCCUGGGACAUGUGACCCGGGCUCUGUGCCGGGGCAUUGUUCAAAACCUGCACUCCAUGCUUCCAUUUCAACAGCUCAAGGAUUGGGGUGUGAAACGGGUGAUUGGCAGUGGGAGUGCACUGUCCAGGAAUGAGGUGCUAAAGCAGGAGGUGCAGAGGGCUUUCCCCUUCCCAGUGUCCUUUGGGCAGGAUGUGGAUGCAGCUGUGGGGGCAGCGCUGGUCAUGCUCCAGAGAAAUCUUAACCAGAGGGAGUCUUAGUGCAUUUUUUGGCCAAAAGACUAUUGCAGAUUUUAUCUAACUAACAUUCAUGACAUGACCUUGGGGUCAUCCUUGAACUGGACAGUUUUGUGGGCAGCUUUUAAGCAAAGCUCAUUUUCGGGGAGCCAUCUUGACCAAGUACCUAUCUUCAUACUCUAAAAAUGCAGGCAGGACUCAUCAGCUGGAUCUCCAAUCAGUGCUUCCCAAGAGACUCACUUGAGAAUUCGUUGCAAAUGUACAUGUGGAGAAAAGAGGGAAAAAGAAAGAAAAGGAACAGUAGCCCAGCAUAAUGGUCAGCAGACUCUUCUGUGAUUCACCUGUAGACAAAGAGAAAAUAAAUGUGAACUUCAGACACCAAAAA